GAGUUUAUGCCAUUUAACACAAUUAAAAUGGCGACAACUACCCAAAUACGUCUGCGAGGCCGGCCAGCUCAUACUCAAGGGCCGACCUAUCUCUCUUAUACCCCGGAUGGAACAAAACUGGUCACGGUGGGCUCUAACAACACUACGCGUGUGUACAAGACAGGAUUCGAUGGAGAACCUACGAAUAUCGAUGAUUGUCAGGAGCAGAAUAUGGGGGUGGAUUCGACAGACGAAUUCUUUGUCACCGGUGCUGAGGAUGGGACUGUCAGCAAAUACUCACUCGAAACCAUGUCUUUCGAGAAAUUCCUCCUGCGUUGCUCUCUACCAAUUCGAGAUGUUGCACUUUCACCAGACGGAAAAUGGUGCGCGGUUGCAAGUGAUGAACUCGUCGUCAAGAUUGUUAGAAUAUCAGAUACGAGCUCAGUGAUGUAUCUGAGGGAGCAAUUAAAACCUGUGAAACACCUAUCUUUCGAUCCGAGCUCCAAAUACAUCGCUCUAUCAUGUACCGAUGGCCUGGUCUACGUCUACUCGCUAGUAAAUGAUGAGCCCGAGCUUAUAAGAAAGAUUGAUGGCUUGAUCAGAACACUUGAGACGGACGAUGAAGUUAGUGCGAAGGUUGCAUGGCAUCCUGAUGGAAGGGCGUUCGCAGCUCCGACGGCCACAAGAGACAUACAAGUCAUGUCUAGAAGUGAUUGGGAGAAUCAGAGAGCGUUUACCAACGGCCAUAUGGGUGAUGUGACCGCAUUGGCCUGGUCACCAAACGGUGCCAUGUUGGCAUCUGCUGGGAAGGACCGAAAAAUCCUUCUCUGGGAAACUAAAACCCAGACCGUCAUCGCGACUUACGACUAUGCAAAUGUCAUGGAUUUGGCAUGGCACCCGACGAAAAACCUCCUAUCCUUUACGAAUUCAGACGGUGAAGUCUAUAUCUUCAAUGACUUCGUACCGGCAGAGCACGCCCACCUCGUCAAACUUGGCCCACAGCCUGCUCCUUUUAUUCAUGACCCACUCUCUGAGGUAUCAGCAAAUAUUCGACGACCGAUUGCUAAUGGUAAUAAAGAUGUACCGCAUCGUGGUGUUCGACGAGGAACGCCUGAUAGCUUAGGCGACAUUCUUGGCUCCGAUAUUAUGGGCGAGGAGGAUGACUUUGUGGUUGAUGAUGAUGGUGCUGGAUAUGCACUUGGACUCAACGACAAUGGCAAGAGACCUAGUGGUCUCAUCGAUGGAGGCCCGGCCAGCAAACGUCCUACGUACGGUUGGCAGCCACAGUACCACGAAUCUUUCCAGCCAGGAUCCACCCCCUGGCGUGGGAACCGAAAAUAUCUAUGUCUCAAUCUCAUAGGGUUUGUGUGGACUGUUGACCAAGACACCCAUAACACCGUGACCGUGGAGUUCUAUGAUAACGAGUUCCACCGCGAUUUCCAUUUCACCGACACUUUCAUGUAUGACAAGGCAUGCCUCAACGACAGCGGAACUCUGUUCUCCUGUCCUUCUGACAAAGAUAUUCCGGCAACUAUCUUCUAUCGACCGCAUGAGACUUGGACUGCUCGAGCAGACUGGCGGACACAGCUCCCUAAAGGAGAGGAAGUGACGGCCAUAUCAUUGAGCGACUCUUUCGUAACUGUCACCACAACGGCGAAUUAUGUCAGGAUUUACACACUGUUUGGUAUCCCUUAUAGGGUUUACAGGCAAAAAAGCAGCCCAACGGUCACAUGUGCCAGCUGGAGAGACUAUGUCCUUACCCUCGGAAAUGGACCGGUAGGAGCGGAUGGAAACACAAAGUUACUGUACACGAUUCAGAACAUCAAGAGAGACGAGGUGUGCCAGAGCGAAGAUAUUGUAGCUCUACCCGAUGGAGAGACAGUGAAGAGUGUUUUCUUCUCAGACAAUGGGGACCCAUGCAUCUACGAUUCCACAGGAACGCUACUCACCCUCUUACAUUGGCGCACUCCAUCCCAAGCCACCUGGGUCCCUCUCUUAGACACAAAACUUCUCUCCCGCCUCGCCUCGGGCCGAAAGACCGAAACCUACUUCCCCGUCGCUGUAGCAGAUAACAAAUUCCACUGCAUUAUCCUAAAAGGCGGUGAUCAGUACCCCUAUUUCCCGCGUCCCCUCCUCUCCGAAUUCGAGUUCCAGAUUCCACUCACCUCGACUCCCAAACCCUCCAGCGAUGACGAAGACGCCGCUCUGGGUGAAGGCGACGAGCUCAAGAAACUAGAAGGCGAUUACGUCCUCAAGAGUCUUCUUACCGCCCAACAGCAAGACCUUAUCGAAUCCACAAAAAGCACACAUGCGCAGCGCACGGCGCUCGCGCGCAUGGAGAUCGACAUCGACAAGACGCUCCUGCAGAUGCUGGCCGUGGAGUGUAGGGAGGGAGAGGAGAGAGGCAUGCGCGCCCUGGAAAUGGUCACGCUGCUCAGGGACCGAAGUGGGAAGAUGCUUGAGGCGGCGGGUAAGAUUGCGGAGCGGUAUGGCAGGACUGUGCUAGGUGAGAAGAUUAGGGAGGUCGGAGAGGUACGGUUAUUAGGUGAUGAUAUGGAUGAGGAUUAGUAGGUUGAAGAGUCUCAAGUGUAGGGUGUUGGAAAGGAGACGGGGGGGUGGCGUUGAGGCGUAUGAUAUCUAUAGGUAUUCUGAAAUCGGGCAGUUAUUAAGUAUGAUUAAUCAUGGCUCAUGAAAAAUAUACGUAUAUCUUCACUCUUCUUCGGGGCGGAAUUUAGAUGGUUCCCUUUAGUAUAGGUAUAAUUCGAGCAAUACUUAUUUAUGGACGCCCGG